GCCACCGCCACCGCCACCGCCAUCAUCGUCGCCGUCGGCGGCGCCCCCACCGCCGGAGCACCCAAGCCGUCCCGGCCCAGCCCCGGCCCCCGGGGCAAUGAGCCACCCGGCGGGGGGUGCCACGGCCGCGGGGUCCGGCCCGGCGGGCGUCCCCUCGCCGCUGGUCCUGGCCCUCAACCUGCCGGAGAUGCCUGUGGCGGAUCCCUGGCCGGCGGCCGGUGCGGCGCAGACGGGCGUCGCGCCGGCGGCCACGACGCCGCCCGCCGUGCCGGUGCCGACGCCAUUGGCCCAUGACCCGCCAUCGGCCAUGCCUUCGGUGCCUGCCCCGGCGGCGGUCACCUCGGCCCCGGGGGCCGGCAUGUCGGGCGCACCGGCACCCGGGCAGCCGCCCUCCCGGCGCGCCGCCUCGGCCCUGACCCCGGAGGACGGGGUGGCCCUUUUCGGCGAAUCGCCGGCCGACCAUCUGUUUCUGUCGCACAUCGACCUGCUCCCGGCGACGGGCGCGUCGUCGGGUCCCGCCGCCCCGGCCGAGGCUCCGCUCCCCUGGGCGGCACCUCCGCCGGGGGGGCGGGGUCCCGGUCCCGGGGGCCUGCACGAUGACCUCCCCUGGCUCCCGCCGCCGGCGGGGUCGCAGCCCGCAGCCGUGUAGCACAUGCGGGCGAUGCCCCGCCGCCCCGGGCCCGCGCACCCUUCUGUGGCCGGGGGGCGGG